AUGGGACCCCUGUGUCCCUGCCCAAACUCAAAAAAGCCUAUGAAAAAGGUACCAAGGGCAUCUCAUGGGGCCCCCUACUGACCCCGGGCCCUCGGGCAGGAGCCCCAUGAGAUGCCCCUGUACCCUUUUCAUAGGCUUUUUUGAGUUUGGGCAAGGACACAGGGGCCCCAUGAUCCCCUAUUGCCCGGGGGCCCCAUGCAUUGUCAGUCCGCCCCUGCAUAUAACUAAUCAGCUUAGCAUUGCAGCUUCUCAUUUAUGGUUUGGCAGCAAAACCAAGUUGAUUGCAUUAUUAUCAGACAAA